AUGGGUUGGAUCACUGUUAUUUUACUGACUCUAGUGGCAGGGACAAAAUCAGAAAAUGAGACAUGCAGAGUGAUCGGGCAGACGGGGUUCAUGGAAUUUUCAAAAGAAGGCGAUCUUAUCAUAGGGGGUGUCUUCUCUAUAAGCAGCACUCGCAAGCUCGUAAACAAUGACUAUCAAGCUCUGCCGUAUGCAUACUGCAAAAAGUGGAAUGAGAGGGAGCUGAGGUUUGUCCGAACGGUGAGGUUUACUGUGGAGGAGAUUAACAGAGACACUAAACUCCUUCCUGGUGCGACUCUGGGCUACAGGCUGUACAACGGCUGCGGGAGUGAAAACCUGAUACGAGCUGCCGUAGAAGCCGUAAACGGAGGGAAUGCGACCAGCUGCAAAGGUCAGAUCCAGGCUCUUCUAGGUCACUCAUCCUCUGGAGUUAGUGAAGACAUCAACCUCAUCCUCAGCCCUCUAUCCAUUCUACAUGUCAGCCACCUCUCAACCUGUGCAUGUUUGAGUGAUAAAAGAUUGUACCCCACUUUUUACCGAACUGUGCCAAGUGAUACCUUUCAAAUCCUCGGCCUGGUGCAGCUCAUGAAAUACUUUGACUGGCGCUGGGUGGGGAUUAUUUACACGAAGGGACUGUACGCAGAGGAAGGCGUUGAUAAAUUCAUAAAGGUAGCGAUCGAAGAGGACAUAUGUGUUGAAUACGCUGUGAAAUUCUACAAAACCAAGAAUUGGAACACUGUUAUAAACACACUGACAGCGUCCACUGCCAAGGUCGUCCUGUUGUUCAUGUCUUUAUCUUACACCAAAUCAUUUCUCUCAAAAAUGGAUGAUUAUAACAUCACAGGAAAGCAGUGGGUGGGCAGCGAAGCUUGGAUUACACAAACAGAUCUGGCUUCUGUUGAAAGAAAGCACAUUUUACAGGGAGCGCUGGGUUUCGCCCUCCCUCAGGCCUCCAUCCCUGGUCUUGGAGAGUACUUGCUAAAGUUGAAACCAGCCGAUGAACCGCAGAGCACCACAGUCAGAGCUUUAUGGGAGCAUUUCUUUGACUGCAGCUUCACUCCCUCUAACACCUCUGCUAUGUGUAACGGCACAGAGGACCUCAGGACGAUCUCCAGUGAAUACACAGAUGUGACACAUUUCAGGACUGAGAUUAAUGUGUACAAAGCUGUGUACUCUGUGGCAUAUGCACUGCAUGCACUUUUGCAGUGUAGAAAUGGAUCAAACCCCACCACAGGAAAGCCCUGUGUUAGCAAAGACAAGGUUAAGCCUAAGCAUGUGCUGGAACACAUUAAAUAUGUGAAUUUUACAACACCGAAUGGGGCUAAAGUUUUCUUUGAUGAAAAUGGAGACUCGUUUGGCCGCUAUGAUUUAGUGAACUGGCAGAUGAAAGAAGACGGCUCUGUUGAGAUAGUAAACAUAGGCCUAUAUGAUACCUCAUUACCAGAUGGAGACAAAUUUCAACUUUUAGACACCAACAUAAUAUGGGGUGGAAACAAUCAAAAGGUGCCAAGGUCUGUGUGCAGAGAACCCUGCCCACCAGGGAGUCGUAAAGCCAUAAACAAGCGUAAGCCGGUGUGCUGCUUUGACUGUUUCGAGUGCCCAGAGGGAAUGAUAAGUAAUCAGACAGAUUCUCCGGACUGCAUGUUUUGUCCUCCUGAAUUCUGGCCGAAUGAAAAAAAAGACCAGUGUCUUCCAAAACCUACUGAGUACCUCUCCUAUAAAGAGAUCAUGGGGACAGUGUUGACUGCAUUUAGUUGUAUCGGGGUGUUUCUAUCUCUUUUGAUUUUGAUUAUUUUUAUGACACACAAAGAGACUCCCAUUGUAAAAGCCAACAACUCUGAGCUAAGCUUUCUGCUGCUGUUCUCAUUAAAGCUGUGUUUCCUGUGUUCUCUGACCUUCAUCGGACGUCCAUCUCAGUGGUCCUGCAUGCUCCGUCACACAGCUUUCGGCAUCACCUUUGUCCUCUGCAUCUCUUGUGUUCUUGGUAAAACUAUAGUGGUGUUAAUGGCCUUCAGGGCUACACUUCCUGGCAGUAGAGAUGAAAUGGUUUGGGCCUCUUCAGCAGAGACUCAGUGUUCUUAUGUUCAUCUGGUUCAGAUUUUGAUUUGCAUACUUUGGUUAAGUACUAAACCGCCAUUCCCAAAAAUGAAUAUGAUGUACUAUAAUGAUAAAAUCAUUCUAGAGUGUGCUCUGGGUUCAGCUAUAGGAUUCUGGGCUGUUUUAGGAUACAUAGGACUUCUCGCUGUCUUAUGUUUUAUACUUGCUUUUCUUGCUAGAAAACUGCCUGAUAGUUUCAAUGAAGCCAAAUUAAUCACCUUCAGCAUGCUCAUAUUCUGUGCAGUCUGGAUCGCCUUCAUCCCUGCAUAUGUCAGCUCUCCUGGGAAGUUCACUGUAGCUGUAGAAAUAUUCGCCAUCCUGGCCUCCAGCUAUGGUUUACUAAUAUGCAUAUUUGUUCCAAAAUGCCAUAUUAUCAUCUUUAGACCAGAACAGAACUCUAGAAAGCACAUGAGGGUGAAAAUACAAGCCAGAACUCUAUAAUAUAUAAUUUAGAGUGGCUUUUCUGAACAAAUAUCUAGAAGCUAUUGGUCUGGCAGAUAUUGAAAAACACCAGUCUUUAAAUUUUUUCACCUUA